AUGAACGGGACGGGCCGGGCGUGCGGGCACGACGGGACAGCGCUGCCGGCCGGGGCUCGCCCUCUGGUCAGCGCCCUCAUGUUCUCGGCCGGGCUCCUGGGCAACCUCCUGGCGCUGGGGCUGCUCCUGCACGGCCGCCGGGGGCCACGGCAGCGCCCGCCCGCGCUGUUCCACAUCCUGGUGCUGGCCCUGGUGGUCACCGACCUGCUGGGCACCUGCUCCGUCAGCCCCUUGGUGCUGGCAUCCUACCACCGCAACCUCACCCUCACCGCGCUGGCCCGCGGAGGGCACAUCUGCCUCUACUUCGGCUUUGCCAUGAGCUUCUUCGGCCUCGCCACCAUGCUCAUCCUCUUCACCAUGGCUCUGGAGCGCUGCCUGGCGCUGGGGCGACCCUACUUCUACGAGCGCUUCCUGAGCCCCCGCACGGGGCUGGUGGCCCUGCCGGCCAUCUACACCUUCUCGGCCGCCUUGUGCUCGCUGCCGCUGCUGGGCUUCGGGCGCUACGUGCAGUACUGCCCCGGCACCUGGUGCUUCAUCCAGAUGCGCCCGGAUUCCCACCAGGGCGACGUGGAUGCGGCGGGGCUGAACGUCACCUUCUCGCUGCUCUACGCCACCCUGCUGCUGUUCCUCAUCGUGGCCGUGCUGCUCUGCAACCUGAGCGUCAUCGUGAACCUGGCCCGCAUGCACCGGCGGGGACAGAGGACGCGCCGGGUCACCAGCCUGGAGCAGCCCCGCGCCGCCAGCGGCUGCGGCCGCCGCAUGUUCUCCAUGGCCGAGGAGAUCGACCACCUGCUGCUGCUCUCCAUCAUGACCAUCACCUUCGUCAUCUGCUCCCUGCCCUUCACGAUCCGAGCCUACGUGAACAAGUCCAGCGGGGAGGAGGGCAAAGAAGGCGACCACGAGUGGGACCUGCUGGCCCUGCGCUUCCUGUCCAUCAAUUCCAUCGUGGAUCCCUGGGUGUUCGCCAUCCUGCGGCCGCCCGUGCUGCGCCUGAUGCGCUCCGUGCUCUGCUGCCAGGUGACACCCACAGCGCCGGGCGGCCCCGCUGUGUCCCCUGCUGUCACCAAGCUGCCACAACCCGACCUCUGCGGGCAGUAGAUCCGUAGAUGGCAGGAGAAUCCUGUGCCUUAGGGCUCGUCCGGAGAACAGGUGGGGGUGGCUCGGGUGUCACCUGGGGUCUCUCACAGGGACAAAAGCGCGGCGGGACGAGGUUGGAAGGGUUGGAGUGGCUGUGUGCUGCUGUCACCCUUAGGGCUGGUCACACCUGGGAAAGGCUCAGCCCUGCUCGGGGGUGAGGAUUGGGGGUGCUGGAAGCAGAGAUUCCUGCUGGUGUUCUUCCCAGCGAGGUUUUUUUGGGAGAUGGCUGCAAACACCCGGCUGUGCCCCCAGAUCCAUAAGGGUUGGGAAGGAGAGGAAGAGAGCAGUGUAUCCAUAAAAAUUCCCCCCUUUUUUAAGGUUGGUUGCCUAAAGAAAUGCACUUUUUCAGGGGCAGGUCUGUGUGCUCGUGUCUGUCUGUUUGUCUGUCCAACACCCCCGAGAUUUUGGGCACUGAUGGGUCCCUGAGGGGCACCAAGGUACCAAAAAAGCCAAAUUUUGGCAUUUCCCUGGCGCUGUGAUGGAGCAGAGCAGCCCCUCCUCAGCACCCAUUUGAAAAUUCCCUUUGCCCUGGGAUUUUUGCAAGAGCCAAUAAAUGGAAUAAAGAGCCUGGCCAGGGAAUGGUCACAGCCAUGAGCUUCACCCACCCCCAGGGUGGUGCUGCUGGUGAGGUUUGGCUUUGGUUUUGAUUAGGACAAAUAUUUUUUUUUAAAUAAAACUCCCCAAAAAAUCAAUAAAAUCAAAAAACCAACUGCAAAACCAUCCAGGUCAUUAAUCCUGGUUGGGCAGCAUCCUUCAACACCACUAUUUUUUUUUUUUUUCUGGGAUUCCUCUUGCUCUUUGGGACUCCAGGAUUGUUCCCACUGGGAUGAGGAGCAUCCAACUGCACAUCCCAAGGCCACCACUGCCAUUAGGAAUUUCCUUGUGGCUCCCAUUUGAGCAGCAUCCAGCACACCCAGUGUGCAAUCCUGAGUGUGGAGUCUCGUUUGGGAGCUGCAGCUCUGCUCAGGGAGCCCAAAGGUGCCGAGAUUUGGGGUUUUUCUGUGGUUUGUGA